GUGCAUAUGAUAGAAUUGCGAUAGAUUAAAUAAAAGAAAAGAAAAAAAACUUUAUAUAAAAUGAAAAGAAAAGAAAAAACAAUACUACUAGUAAAGGAAAGGAAAGAGGAAAGAAGUGAAGAGUCAGAAAAGAAAGAAGGGUCCAAUUGUUUGAUUGGGAAAGAAGAAAGCAUCCUUGGAAUAACAAAUCAGAUUCAUGAUUCUCAAAUUAAUGGGACAUCUCUAACUCAUUCAUUCUACCUUUGUAACUUGUUAUUGUUGAAUUUUUAUUAUUAUAGUUGAAAACAAAAACAACAAAAACAUGGGUAGUGAUAGAGCUAUCACCAACAACUCUUAUCUUCCUAAUUUUACGUUCACUCGCUCCUUUCACUUGGGAUCAAAGUCUUCAUCAUCUUCUUCUUCAAGACCAUGAUCCUCUGCCCAAAACUUGCUAUUGGAUCUCAAUUACACUUUUACAGAUCCAUUUCCAAUCUUCAACACUUUUUCGCUAUUUCUAAUGGACCCAGCUGCUUCUCGUCCUGCUGUAGUCAUUGACAAUGGCUCCGGGUACACGAAGAUGGGGUUUGCUGGUAACGUUGAACCUUGUUUUAUUGCUCCAACGGUGGUUGCAAUUAAUGAGUCCUUUCUGAAUCAAUCGAGGAAUUCUUCCAAGGGAAAUUGGGUUGCACAGCACAAUGCAGGGGUUAUGGCUGAUCUUGAUUUCUUUAUUGGAGAUGAUGCUCUUUCUAAGUCUCGAUCUAGCAGCACUUAUAAUCUCACCUACCCGAUUAAGCAUGGUCAGGUUGAAAAUUGGGAUGCCAUGGAACGUUUCUGGCAGCAGUGUAUAUUCAAUUAUUUGAGGUGUGAUCCUGAGGAUCAUUAUUUUCUUUUGACCGAGAGUCCAUUGACAGCGCCCGAAAGUCGAGAGUAUACUGGGGAAAUUAUGUUUGAGACUUUUAAUGUGCCUGGACUUUACAUUGGUGUGAAUUCUGUGCUUGCUCUGGCUGCUGGCUACACAACGUCUAAGUGUGAGAUGACAGGUGUUGUAGUUGAUAUCGGAGAUGGGGCUACACACAUUGUACCAGUUGCCGAUGGUUAUGUUAUUGGAAGUAGCAUCAAAUCGGUUCCUAUUGCUGGAAAGGAUGUUACUCUUUUUGUCCAGCAGCUAAUGCGGGAAAGAGGAGAAAAUAUACCUCCAGAAGACUCUUUUGAAGUGGCUCGGAAAGUGAAAGAAAUGCAUUGCUACACCUGCUCUGACAUAGUGAAGGAAUUUAAUAAGCACGACAAAGAACCAGCCAAGUAUAUCAAGCAAUGGAGAGGCGUUAAACCCAAAACUGGGGCUCCAUAUUCGUGUGAUAUUGGCUAUGAACGCUUUCUUGGCCCUGAGGUUUUCUUUAAUCCUGAGAUAUAUAGCAGUGACUUUACCACUCCUCUACCAGUUGUAAUAGACAAGUGCAUUCAAUCUGCGCCAAUCGACACAAGGAGAUCAUUAUAUAAGAAUAUAGUGUUGUCAGGAGGUUCAACAAUGUUCAAGGAUUUUCACAGGAGAUUGCAACGUGAUAUAAAGAAAAUAGUGGAUGCUCGUGUCCUUGCAGCUGAAGCGCGCCUAAAUGGAGAGAUAAAAUCACACCCAGUGGAGGUCAAUGUACUCAGCCAUCCUAUCCAAAGAUUUGCAGUUUGGUUUGGUGGAUCAGUGCUUGCAUCAACACCUGAAUUUUUUACGGCUUGUCAUACAAAGGCAGAAUAUGAAGAAUAUGGAGCAAGCAUAUGCCGCACAAAUCCAGUUUUCAAGGGGAUGUAUUGAAGCAAAGAUGAAUUAGCUGAUCAUGAACGCAGCCUCUUCUCUUGAUAUGAAAACAAAUAUAAGGUCUGGAUAUUUUGAUCCUCGUGGAUUCUCACGGUCUUUUUUCCAAUCUUUAUUCAGGGCAGCAGAAGUGAGUGUAAAAUAUGUAUAUUCAGUGAGAAAAACGCCCUUCCAGUUUUAAUUCCUGCAGAUCUUCGUAGGAAGUCAAUUUAAUGUCAUCAUGUAUGUGGUUAAUAUGUUCUCCGGCAGGUCCAGAUGGCACUUAAUGGUAGAUAGGACUUGAUUUUUGACAAAAUGUUGGCUGAGCUGAAUGGCAAGUUUUAGUUUUCAGCUUAGGGUUUUAGAAAUGUUCUGCAUUUAUUCAUUUGAUGUUGGGACUGAUAUACCAUCAAGUACUUCUCUAGUCAGGAAAUUAAAUUCGUUGGGAUUGAAUUGUAAUCCUAAUAAGCACUAGUGCAGGUUUUGUGUUUAUGUUAAUCACAUAAUUUUUGCAAUUUUAGUUGUGUAAUGCAAACUUCAGGACUAUUAAUGAUUUGAGAUAUAUACUCUGUUGUAGUUUGAAA